AUGGAUAUCGAAAAGGAGGGGAGCAGAAGAGAGGAGGAAGAACCCAUUGUUCAUAAACCAAAGCUAGACAAAGGCAAAGGCAAAGCUCAUGUAUCUUUUGUUGUAGUAAAUUCAAUCGUUGGCGGAUACCUAACACUCUCAUUGCCUUUUUCCAUUGUCUGUAUCCUCCGGCCUCUCGCGGUUCCUCCUAGGCUCUUCCUUAUCUUAUGUGACACGGCGAUGAUGGGCCUUACUAUGAUGGCGGCAUCCGCUUCUGCAACCAUAGUUUAUUUGGCGCACAACGGGAAUUCAAGCUCGAACUGGCUUCCGGUUUGCCAGCAGUUCGGUGACUUUUGCCAAGGAACUAGCGGUGCCGUGGUGGCUUCCUUUAUUGCGGCGGCUCUUCUCAUGAUCCUGGUCAUCCUCUCUGCAUUUGCUCUCAAGAGAUCGACUUAAAUAUUUUGUAUUUGUUUCGAUUAAUUUCUUUGUGGUACUUUAAAUUUCAUUUGCGUGGAUUUGAAAAGGGUAAGAUGUAUGAUUUGGUUUUGUUGUGUUGUGUAACCCGGGUUGCAUUGUGAAUCAUGUAUAUCAAUCUUUGCAUUUCAGCUUUUUUUUUUGUAAAAUUGAAUUUCAAAGAGAUAACAAACUUCAACUUCUAUUUGCC